CCUUGCAGAGUUGGGAGAAGGAAGGUUGGGGGGUUGUGGAAAAAUAAAAGGAAAAGCCCCUAUACCAUGUAAAGCAUUGCCCCCCGCCCUGCCAUCCCGGCCGGCCGGGGAUACCCCCAGUCUUUGGCCAUGAACGCGAACAGCGAGGGCGAGAGCUUCCCGGGCUCCGUGCAAAUUCCAGGAGGCACCACGGUGCUGGUGGAGCUGACCCCCGACAUCCACAUCUGCGGCAUUUGCAAGCAGCAGUUCAACAACCUGGACACCUUCGUCGCGCACAAGCAGAGCGGCUGCCAGCUGCCCAGCGUGCCUGGGGCGGCCCCCAACACUGUGCAGUUUGUGGCGGAGGAAACGGUGCCGGCCGCGCAGGCGCAGACCACCAGAACCAUCACCUCGGAGACUCAGACAGUCACAGUGUCAGCUCCCGAGUUUGUCUUCGAGCACGGCUACCAGACGUACCUGCCCACGGAGAGCAGUGAAAACCAGACGGCCACCGUCAUCGCUCUGCCCGCCAAGUCACGCGCCAAGAAGCCCGCGGCCCCACCUGCUCAGAAGAGGCUGAACUGUUGCUACCCAGGUUGCCAGUUCAAGACUGCUUAUGGCAUGAAGGACAUGGAGCGCCACUUAAAAAUUCACACAGGAGACAAGCCCCACAAGUGUGAAGUCUGCGGCAAGUGCUUCAGCCGGAAGGACAAGCUGAAGACCCACACGCGCUGCCACACGGGCGUGAAGCCCUACAAGUGCAAGACGUGCGACUACGCGGCCGCCGACAGCAGCAGCCUGAACAAGCACCUGCGCAUCCACUCGGACGAGCGGCCCUUCAAGUGCCAGAUCUGCCCCUACGCCAGCCGCAACUCCAGCCAGCUCACCGUGCACCUGCGCUCCCACACAGCCUCGGAAGUAGAUCAUGGUGCUCCGAAACCAACGUGCCCCUCCACUGACAACAGUGACGCCCAGAAAGCCCCAGUCGCAGCCCCUCCCUCCGAGUCUAAGGAGCAGACAGCCACCCUGGGAGAGAGGACGUUCAACUGUUGCUACCCAGGUUGCCACUUCAAAACUGUGCAUGGCAUGAAAGAUUUGGACCGCCACCUACGAAUCCACACGGGAGACAAGCCCCACAAGUGCGAGUUCUGCGACAAGUGCUUCAGCCGCAAGGACAACCUGACCAUGCACAUGCGCUGCCACACCAGCGUGAAGCCCCACAAGUGCCACCUGUGCGACUACGCCGCCGUGGACAGCAGCAGCCUCAAGAAGCACCUGCGCAUCCACUCGGACGAGCGGCCGUACCAGUGCCAGCUGUGCCCCUACGCCAGCCGCAACUCCAGCCAGCUCACCGUGCACCUGCGCUCCCACACAGGGGACACCCCCUUCCAGUGCUGGCUCUGUAGCGCCAAGUUCAAAAUCAGCUCGGACUUGAAAAGGCACAUGAUCGUGCACUCGGGGGAGAAGCCCUUCAAGUGCGAGUUCUGCGACGUCCGCUGCACCAUGAAGGCCAACCUCAAGUCCCACGUCCGCAUCAAGCACACCUUCAAGUGCCUGCACUGCGCCUUCCAGGGCCGGGACCGGGCGGACCUCCUGGAGCACAGCCGGCUGCACCGGGCCGACCACCCCGAGAAGUGCCCCGAGUGCAGCUACUCCUGCUCCAGCGCGGCCGCCCUGCGCGUGCACAGCCGGGUCCACUGCACCGACCGCCCCUUCAAGUGCGACUUCUGCAGCUUCGACACCAAGCGGCCCAGCAGCCUGGCCAAACACAUCGACAAGGUGCACAGGGACGAGGCCAAGACGGAGAACCGGGUGCCGCAGGGCAGCGAAGGGCCCCGGGACAGCGGCUCCCCGCACGUGGCCAAGAUAGUGACGCAGAGGGCCUUCCGCUGUGAGACCUGUGGGGCUGCCUUCGUCAGGGACGACUCCCUGAGGUGCCACAUGAAGCAGCACAGCGACCACGGUGAGAACAAGGACUCGGACCUGGUCACCUUCCCGCCCGAGAGCGGCGCGUCGGGGCAGCUCGGCGCCCUGGUCUCCGUGGGGCAGCUGGACGCCUCCCCGGAGCCCAGCCAGUGCCUCUGACUCGUGCAGAGAGGGCGGGGAGCCGUCCGGGACUCCAGGCAGAUGCCGCUGCCCGGCCCUCCGGGUGAGACCAUCGAGCCGGACUUCAGUCACCAGCUCAGGGCACGGCUGCCCGCGCUGCGCAGGCCGCCAGAGGCCGUGGCUGCAGCCGCUGCGGCGUGAGGGCAGGCGCCACAGCAGCGCCGCGGAGGCACUGCUCCACGUCGCCGUCUCCCCCCUCCCCCCCCCCCCAGCGUCACCUGAGCACGUUGACCAGUUGUUCCGGGUGGGGGUCCGCUGAUCACCGCUCGCCCCAGAGGGGAUGGCGUCUUCAGGACGGACUGCUGUGCCAAGCCCGGCCCCCCCCCCCCCCCACCGCGAUGCAGGUGUUAAACUGGUCGGGCCACACGGGCACCGGAACGCAACCCACCUGUACAGCGGGGAAGGCUGGGACGGGGCUGGGUCCUGGGCAGGGUCUCGUUCUAACCCGGGGGGUAGUUGUGAGAAUGUUCGCCUUACACGUUUUUGUGUGGUCCCUUUUGUUGGUUGUCUUGUAACAAAAAGGCAAACUCAUCUGCAGAAGGAUGUACCGGACACUCCUGUUUCUCCCCCAGACAGGGUGUGGUGCGCCCCUGCUGCUGUGGUUACCACCGCGGGCAGGGCUUCUCCCGUCUCAGCACCGCGACCGGAAAUGCGGCCUGACCUGUAGGUGGCAGCAAAGGUCAAGCUAACACAAGCUCAGCCCGUCACUGUGCCUUGUGAGACUCAAGGUGUGUCACUUGUGUUCGUAAAGCAAAGACUAGGGGCCCCACCGGCCCUGGGCUUGGUUCUGGACCGGCGCUG